AGCAACAAUUUGGGAUUCACCUCUUAAGUGGAAUCGUAGGCUACACUAGCACACUGAAUUGCACCUGUUGCGUGACCACGUAAAUAUCGGCACUUCACAGCACCAGCAACCAGCAACAACAACUAAUAAUGGCGCUUCUGGUCUUGCCUUUACUGGGGGCUUUGUCAAUCUCUGAGAGCCUCGUUGCUGUGGCAACAGUCUGUGCAGUCUACCUGCUCCUCCAGCUGCAGCGGGUGAAGGUGCCAGAGGGGCUGCGUCAGCUCCCGGGCCCCCGGCCCCUUCCCAUCAUCGGCAACGUUCUGGAACUUGGCAACAAGCCUCAUCUGAGCCUCAGUGCCAUGACACAGCGCUAUGGCCACGUCUACCAGAUCCAGAUCGGCAUGCGUCCCGUGGUGGUCAUUAGUGGCGCGGACACGGUGCGCCAGGCGCUCAUCAAGAAAGGCGAGGACUUUGCCAGCCGGCCCGAACUCUACAGCUUCCAGUUCGUCAACGACGGCAAGAGCCUGGCCUUCAGCUCCGACGGGGCCGGCGUGUGGCGUGCUCGCCGCAAGCUGGCCCUGACCGCCCUGCGCUCCUACUCCACCAUGGAGGGGAAGGACACGGCCUACUCCUGCGUCCUGGAGGAGCACAUCAGCAAGGAGGGCGAGUACCUGGUGGAGCAGCUGCGCAGCGUCAUGGACGCCAACGGCAGCUUCGACCCCUUCCGCCACAUCGUGGUGUCGGUGGCCAACGUCAUCUGCGGCAUGUGCUUCGGCCGGCGCUACAGCCACGACGACGAGCAGCUGCUGAGCCUGGUGAACAUGAGCGACGAGUUUGGGCAGGUGGUGGGCAGCGGCAACCCGGCCGACUUCAUCCCCAUGCUGCGCUUCCUGCCCAGCGCCUCCAUGGCCAAGUUCAUGGCCAUCAACGACCGCUUCAACAGCUUCGUGCAGGGGAUCGUGUCGGAGCACUACAACUCCUUUGACAAGAAUAACAUCCGUGACAUCACAGACUCCCUCAUUGACCACUGCGAAGACAGGAAGCUGGACGAGAACUCCAACGAGGCCGUGUCUGAUGAGAAGAUUGUUGGCAUCGUCAAUGACCUCUUUGGUGCAGGAUUCGACACUAUCAGCACGGCUCUGUCAUGGUCUGUUGUCUAUCUGGUGGCCUACCCAGAAAUCCAGGAGAGGCUUCACGAAGAAAUGAAGGAAAAAGUCGGACUGGACCGGACGCCAAUGCUGUCAGACAAGUCCAGACUGCCACUGUUGGAAGCCUUCAUCCUGGAGCUGUUCCGUCAUUCCUCCUUCCUGCCUUUUACGAUUCCUCACUGCACGUCUAGAGACACUUCACUGAAUGGAUAUUUCAUCCCCAAGAACACCUGUGUGUUCAUCAAUCAGUACCAGGUCAACCAUGAUCCUGAGCUGUGGAAGGACCCCUCCUCCUUCACCCCCGACCGCUUCCUAUCGGCUGACGGCAGCGAGCUCAACAAGAUGGAGGGCGAGAAGGUGAUGGUCUUCGGUGCGGGCAAGCGGCGCUGCAUCGGCGAGGCCAUUGGCCGUGCCGAGGUCUUCCUCUUCCUGGCCAUCCUUGUGCAGCGCCUGCAGUUCCAGAAGAUACCCGGCCAGGAGCUGGACAUGACGCCUGAGUACGGCCUGACCAUGAAGCACAAGCGCUGCCAUCUGCGGGCCACCAUUCGCCAGCGGGAAGAGAACUGAGCCACCAGGGAGGAGUGUCUUGUGUCGAGGGGGCCAGGGAGCACCUCGAUGCUGAGUUGUGCUCACAUGCAUCUUUGUUUCCCCUUCCCAGUAGGUUUAAGACAAACGUUCACAUAUGUUAACGUAUGGUUGAAAAAAGUCCAGUUGUCUGGGAUUUUUGCUGGCUGCUUUCCAGCCGGUGUCAGUAAAAGAGGGAGUCGUGUAACAGGGUACACAUACACACAAUUUAUCUCUCGAAAAUGUAACCUGCAAUGACAUAAGGAUUUGUUAUUGAUCAGACAGACACACUGAGAUGAGCUGGAGGAGUUGGAAAUUGAGAAAUCCGACAUUGUACAGUUGCAUUACUAGAGGGCAUUUGGUAACGAGUAUGGGGAAAAUGCUGUAACAGACUGAACUGAAUCCAUUGCUUUAAGUAACUGUCAGUCUACACAUGCAGUCAGAGUGACAUACUGCAAGCUACUGUAAGUAUCCUGUGGAGACUACAUUAAAUGUAUAUGUAUCAGGGGCAAAUCCAUCAGCUAAAAAUGAUAAUAGAAAUAUGGUUUCUGACUGAACUGAAUCCUUUGCUUUUAUGUACAGUAACAAAAAUCGGCAGAGGACCUAUCGAAUCUAUUUGAGUCAGAUGCCCCCAAGGAAGUCACACACACACACACACACACACACACACACACACACACACACACACACACACACACACACACACACACACACACACACACACACACACACACAGUAAAAUGCAUCUGUAGCAGGGACCAAUUAAGCAGCUGACCAAGAGAGUCACAGAACGUUUAUUAUAUACAAAUAAGACACACAAGGUAAAAUAUUGUAUUAUAGGAAGGGGACGUGACCCCUCCUUCUAACAAGCCUGUGUAUCAGAUGGCAUACAGUACAAGUGCCUUUCAAAUUGUAUGGUCUACACAUACUCAGAUUGUAGGCCUAAACACAGGCUGUUGUUGUAGGCUGUGCAAGUCUAAAUCACUCAUUGCUGCCCAUUUAGUUCUAUGAAAUGUUCAGGUGAGCUGUAAGACACUGAAGCUAUUUUGUAAACGUGUAAUUCUUUAAUGUGACACGCUAUGUAUGUGCAUAUACAGGAUAUACUAGCAUUUGGCUAUGCACUGUCAGGUUGUGAUGAACCUGGGGUGUAAUUUGGACAUUGUGUGUGUGUGUGUGUGUGUGUGUGUGUGUGUGUGUGUGUGUGUGUGUGUGUGUGUGUGUGUGUGUGUGUGUGUGUGUGUGUGUUCUCCCCACACAACCAUUUUGGUUAUCUGCUGUAUUUCCAGGUUGUAAAAAAUGAAAGAAGUAUAAACAUAUGUUCAGAAUGAAGGAUUUUUAUUAAAUGUUUUAUUAUUAUAAUUUUAUUAAGCUAUUGAGCUGUGAAACUCUGAAGACUAUAAGCCAAUCAUUCAUUUAUCCUGUUGUGUAUGCUCAAGCAAAGUGAAUAUUUGUCUACUUUACAUGAAUUCUUCACUGUAAGUGUUGUGACUUGUUUAUGUAUUUAUAAAUAAAAUUUAAAAAUGAAAUCACCAAUGUG